AACGGGUUUAGUGGUUGUAGUUACGAACAAUACCGACGUGCAUGAUGUUCGUAACGUUGUGUUGACGGAAACGAAUAACAAAAACAUGAAAUAUAAUUCCCGGUAAAAAAAAAUAAAAUAUUAGAGUGCAAGAGGCGAGAGACGAAAGGAUAAUAAAUAAAAAAUCUUUUCGCUUUUUAACUGUCUUACAAGUUCCUAGUUACAAUAUGCCAUUCAGAUUGUUAACUAUGAACGGAUUUAGUGUGAAGAAAGAAUUGUGAACAAGAUCCGCCAUCCUACGCGAUGAUUAUUCUGAAACCGUCAUGGAUAUCUCACAAUGGUAUGCCCAUAUUUUCGAUCGACAUUCAUCCAGACGGUACUCGUCUGGCCACCGGUGGCCAAGGCCGGGACUCUGGACUGGUCAUGCUAUGGAACACAGCCGCAGUGCUGGACGAAAACAGCGAAAACGACGAGAACGUACCAAAAAUGUUAUGCCAGGUUGACAGCCAUUUAGCAAGUGUCAAUUGCGUUCGAUGGAGUCACUCAGGCAAAUUUUUGGCGUCUGGUGGGGACGAUAAAAUCAUCAUGGUGUGGACAUUGAGCAAAUAUCCUAAUAGUGGAAACAUUGUAUUCGGCACCAAAAAUAUUGUUAAUAUCGAAACGUGGAAAUGUAUGUUCACUUUACGUUCACACUCAAGUGAUAUUCUCGAUCUUGCGUGUCACCCCAUGACUCAUAUUUGGCAUCAUGAUAUUAAUAUUCAUGACAAAGUAUACAUGACCAAUGAUAUAUUUAGAAAUGUUGUUAUACGCAGAUUUCGAAACUUACUUAAGCCUAUGACUCCAAAACUAAGUUCGAUCGCAAAAUUCUGA